AUGCCCUUCAAUGGUGAGAAGCAGUGUGUGGGCGAGGACCAGCCAAGCGAUUCCGACUCUUCCCGGUUUUCCGAGAGCAUGGCUUCUCUCAGUGACUACGAGUGCUCCAGGCAGAGCUUCACAAGUGACUCCUCCAGCAAAUCCAGCUCUCCUGCCUCAACGAGCCCUCCCAGGGUUGUGACAUUUGACGAAGUGAUGGCUGCAGCAAGGAACUUGUCAAACAUGACUCUUGCUCACGAGAUAGCUGUAAAUGAGAACUUUCAACUGAAACAGGAUGCCCUCCCUGAGAGCAGCUUGGCCGGUCGAGUGAGGCACAUUGUCCAUCAGGCCUUCUGGGAUGUCUUGGAAUCAGAACUGAAUGCAGAGCCUCCUGAGUAUGAACACGCCAUCAAACUGUUUGAAGAAAUCAGAGAGAUUCUCCUCUCUUUCCUGACUCCUGGUGGCAACAGGCUUCGCAACCAGAUUUGUGAAGUUUUAGACACAGACCUCAUUAGGCAGCAGGCUGAGCACAGUGCUGUUGACAUCCAAGGCCUGGCCAACUAUGUCAUCAGUACCAUGGGAAAGCUGUGCGCCCCGGUGCGGGAUGAUGACAUCCGGGAGUUGAAGGCUACCAACAACAUCGUGGAGGUGCUGAGACAAAUAUUUCAUGUCCUGGACCUCAUGAAAAUGGACAUGGUGAAUUUUACAAUUCGGAGUCUCAGACCACAUCUUCAGCGCCAGUUGAUAGAUUAUGAGAGAACCAAGUUCCAAGAAAUUUUAGAAGAAACUUCAAGUGCUCUUGAUCAAACCACAGAGUGGAUAAAAGAAUCUGUCCAUGAAGAGUUACUUUCUCUUUCUGAGGCUACUUUAACGCCUGGAGCUGAAAACAACUCCAAGCCAAGCCUGAGUCCUACAUUGGUGCUAAAUAAUAGUUACUUGAAACUGUUACAGUGGGAUUAUCAGAAAAAAGAAUUACCAGAGACACUCAUGACAGAUGGAGCACGUCUUCAGGAACUGACAGAAAAGCUGAAUCAACUGAAAAUGAUUGCCUGCCUGGCCCUUAUCACCAACAACAUGGUGGGUGCUCUUACAGAUGGCCUACCUGAGCUUGCAGUCAGACUAAAAAGGAUUUCAGCUGUUCUACUGGAAGGCAUGAACAAAGAGACCUUUAACUUGAAGGAAGUCCUGAACUCUAUCGGCAUUCAGACUUGCGUUGAGGUUAACAAGACCCUAAUGGAGAGAGGUUUACCAGCUUUAAACGCUGAGGUUCAAGCUAACCUUGUAGGCCAAUUCUCAAGCAUCGAAGAAGAGGACAAUCCUAUCUGGUCUUUAAUUGAUAAACGAAUCCAGCUGUACAUGAAAAGCCUGCUCUGUCUGCCCAGCCCUCCAAGAUGCAUGCCUCCCGUGCCAGGAGGCCUUGCUGUCGUUCAGCAAGAGCUGGAGUCACUAGGCUCGCAAUACGCAAAUAUCGUGAAUCUCAACAAACAAGUGUACGGACCAUUUUAUGCAAAUAUACUCCGAAAGCUGCUUUUCGGUGAGGAAGCCACAGGGAAGGCAGAAGCUUCUUCAUCUACUAACUAA